AUGGCACGCAUUCAAGGUAACAAAAUUAUAAGAGAUCAUAGCAAUUCGAAUCGUCCAGUGGUGAGCUGCACUACAUUUGGCUGGAUUGUUUAUGGAGCAUUACCAUCAAGUCAACGCAUCGCCGACAAUUUGGAAAGAUUGUGGAGGGUUGAUGCUGUGAAAGAAAAAUCGCUUCUCACGUCCGAGGAAGCGCGUUGUGAACAAAUUUUCAGCGAAACUAUAAAGCGAGCUGAAGACGGUCGGUAUUCAGUUGCGAUGCCAAUUAUGGACAAUCCACCUAAAUUGGGCAAUUCUUUGCGUGCAGCCAUAGCACGUCAAUUACAAAAUGAGAGACGAUUUCGCAAAGAUCCAAGGUUAAAAGAGAAUUACAUCAAAGAUAUUCGACAAUUCAUUGAUUUGGACCAUAUGGAGUUGGUUCCGCUGAAUGAGAUAGAUAAAGAGGAUGUCUAUUACAUACCGCAUCAUGCUGCAAAUUCAAGUAAAUUUCGAGUUGUUUUUGACGGUUCUGUUAAGACUACAACGGGUCUAUCUCUCAAUGAUAUUUUAUUAAAUGGACCUCGUUGUCAAGAUGAUUUGAAUAUAAUUAUUAUGCGAUUUCGUAAAUAUGGUGUUGCAUUAACUACGGACAUUACUAAGAUGUAUCGUCAAGUUUUAGUGCCAGAAAAUCAACGUGAUUAUUUGCGAAUUGUUUGGCGCGAAAAUGAGAAUGAACCACUGCGGCAUUAUCGUAUGAAAAGACAAACAUAUGGUUUAAAAUCAAGUGCAUAUUGUUGUGUCGCCACUUUGAGGUAUUGUGCUUUGGAGCAUCGGCAUAAGUAUCCGUUAGCGUCAAAAGCAGUGUUGAAUUCGUUCUACGUCGAUGAUGGUACUUUGUGCGCAGAUACUGAUUUGGAUGCGGAGAAAUUGUACCAAGAAUUGAAUGAGAUGUUAAUGAGUUGUGGUUUUCCUUUGGCAAAAUGGGCCACAAAUAGUGCACACAUGAGGUCGGUACUUGGUGUUACCGCCGGCGCAGUAAGUUCAGUAAAUUUUGAUCUUUGUGAUGAAAGUUCAAUUCUUGGUUUGAAAUGGUCAAUUGCGGAUGAUGCAUUCCGUUAUAAUUACACUAAUUUAUCGGAUCUGCCACCUACAAAACGAAAUAUAGUGUCAGCGAUUGCGAAGUUAUAUGAUCCUAUUGGGUGGUUGGCACCAAUUGUAAUUUUGGGUGAAAUUCUGAUACAGGAUGUGUGGAAGAGCAAAGUUGAAUGGGACACCAUAGUACCAUUAGAACUUAAGAAUCGUUGGAAUGAUUUAAAAAGAACGAUGAUUGAUGUUAAUAAAAUUACUGUGCCACGGUGGAUUGGACUUUCACCAGAGAAAUCCAUUGAAAUUCAUGGUUUUUCAGACGCGUCGAACAGUGCAUAUGGAAUGACUUUCUACGCCAGAGUAGAAAGUGGAAUUACGAUUGAAUGUAAUCUGAUAACAUCGAAAACUCGCGUUGCACCGCUAAAGGGAAUGACUAUACCACGUAUGGAGUUGUGUGGAGCAUUGAUGAUGGCACACAUGUGUCAACAAAUCUGUAGCAUUCAUGAUGUGCCAAUGAGUAAAUUGACUCUUUGGACAGAUUCAAGCAUAGUCAUACAUUGGUUGUCAAAGUGUCCAUCUGGCUUAAAGGCGUUUGUUGGUAAUCGUGUUGCCGAAGCCCAAGAAUGUACAAAGGGAGCGCAAUGGAAGCAUGUACGUACGAAUGAUAACCCUGCUGAUUUAGCCUCGCGAGGCUUAUUUGCGAGUGAGUUAGUUGGAAAUUCGCUUUGGUUCCAUGGACCGCACUGGUUGUCGAAACCACAUUCAGAUUGGCCAGUUGGCAGUUUUACCAUUGAUCAACGUGUUAAAGAGGCUACAGUAGCUGAGUCAAGAGCAGUUCAGGCAUGUGCUAUUAUUCGAGUUGAAACUGUGCCGCGAAUUGAAGUUACAGUAAAUGAUGUAACAACAGAAAUGUUGUUGGAUCAUUGUAGUUCGAUGAUGAGGUUGGUUCGUGUUACUGCUAGAGUUUUGGCUUUCAUAAGAAAGAUAAGAACCAAAGAGAAAGUCUGUUCAACGUUCAUUGCCCAUGCCGAUUACUUGGAGGCUCAAGCAAUUUGGAUCAAAUAUCAUCAACAAAAAUAUUUCGCCGGAGAUAUUGAGCUACUCAAAAAUGGUAAAAGUUUAUCGCGUGAUUCAAUAAUAGUGAAGAUGUCACCUUUGUGA